AUGAUGUCGAAUAAACGAUUAGUAGCUACAUGUGCGAUAGCAUUUUGCUGCAACGUGGCUAUGCUCGUAUUAUUUGUAAAAUACAACGGCGGUGUAAGGUACUUUGUUACGAUUAAUGAAAAUCAAGAAGAUAUCAAGCUAAUCUCGGAAGACUUUCUCAGCUUUGGGAUUGACACCAUUGAAAUUGAGAACUACAACAGAAUUAACUAUUCGGACACUAGGUUGAGGGAGUUAGCAGCAGCACUAUCCCCAGCGCGGCUUCGUCUUGGCGGCACCAUGUCUGAACGUCUCAUAUUUAGUAAAGAAAAUAUCCCAAUUUCAUGCCACAAUUGUAGUUAUAAAUCUUAUCCAAAAUCUUUAUGCCAACUUAUUGAAAAACCAUGUAAACACAAACACAAGUUUUUACCCUUCUUUAUAAUGACUGGAAAUGAAUGGAACCAAAUUAACGAUUUUUGCAGAAAGACUAAUCUAAAAUUGUUAUUCUCGUUGAAUGCAAUGCUUCGUGAUAAUCAUGGUUGGAAUGAAAAGAAUGCUAGAGAACUUAUUGAAUUUUCAAAACACAAACAGUAUGCUAUUGAUUGGCAGUUAGGAAACGAGCCAAACUCUUUUCAACAUGUUUUUAAUGAAAGUGUAACUCCUCAAAUAUUAGCCAAGGACUUUGAAAAGCUACGUAAACUUUUGAAUCAUAAUGGUUACAGACAUUCUCUGAUUGUCGGCCCAGACACAACAAGACCACAACCACACCGUCCUGAAUGCCUUAAAUAUAUGAUAGAAUUUUUAGGUAAUGGAUCUCAUUAUAUAAAUGUAAGAUCAUGGCAUCAGUAUUAUUUAAACAGUAAAACUGCCAAAUUGGAGGAUUUUUGGAAUCCAGAAACAUUUGAUUUGCUCAGACAGCAAAUAGAAACAAUGCAAAAUCAAACCAAGAAGUACAAAAAUAUCCCAAUGUGGCUAAGUGAAACUAGUAGCUCAUAUGGAGGUGGUGCACCAGGAUUAUCAAAUACUUAUGCAGGUAGCCCGCUUUGGAUUGAUAAACUAGGUCUAUCGGCAAAAUACAAUAUAUCCACCGUCAUUCGACAAAGCUUUAUUGGUGGAUAUUACAGCCUAGUGGAUGAAAAUCUGAAACCCUUACCAGAUUGGUGGAUCAGUGUCUUGUAUAAAAAAUUGGUUGGAAAUAAAGUUUUACAGGUGCAAUGCAAUUGCUCAAGGUUUCAAAGACUGUAUAUUCAUUGCACCAACAGAAAAUACACUAAUGACACAUCAGCUGUAACACUGUAUGGUGUUAAUUUGGAAAUGGCAAAAGCUCGAUUCUUCCUUAAUGGCACUGCUUUACAUGGAGACGAUUUAAUAAUUCAUGAAUAUAUCAUAAGUGCACCUUCAAAUAACCGAAAAUCAAAAACAAUAUUGUUAAAUGGCUGGCCACUUUAUUAUGAAUCUAAUUUACACAAUUUGCGGCCUAAUAUUCAUAGGUAUGGACGCUAUGUUUCACUACCUCCAUAUUCUAUUGGAUUUUGGGUAAUUAAGAAAACAUCAAUUACUGUAUGCGAAUAA